UAGUGUUACUUGGGCGUUAUCGAUAGACGCUGGGUUUAUGUUCAAUGCGCAUGCUCCAUUUCAAACGGAAGUUUAGUUUAUCGAAAAUGCAACGAUUAAAAAGCUCACAAAGAGACAAAGUGCGACAGUUUGUCGCCUUUACUCAAACAGGUGAAAAAACUGCUAUCAACUGCUUGUGUGCUCACGAUUGGAAGCUAGAUGUUGCUGUUGAUAACUAUUUCAUGGCGCCCGACCGUUAUAGCACUGCUGAAUCAAAAUCUUCCGUAGACAAAAGAAAAAUCGAAGCUCUUUGGCAGCGAUAUAAAGAUCCACUUGAUGAAGAGAAAAUGACAGUUGAUGGUGUGAUGAGAUUUUUAGAAGAUCUGCAGUUAAAUCCAGAGUCACGUACAGUGCUUAUACUUGCUUGGAAAUUCAAAGCAAAAACACAAUGUGAAUUUUCUAAAGAAGAAUUUCUCACAGGAAUGGCUGAGCUGGGGGUUGAUGCUAUAGAAAAACUUCGUUCAAAAUGUAAUACCUUAGAACAAGAAAUUCGAGACUCUAACAGUUUCAAAGAUUUUUACCAGUUUACAUUUAAUUAUGCCAAAAAUCCAGAACAGAAAGGCUUGGAUCAAGAUAUGGCAAUAGCUUAUUGGAAUAUUGUGCUUACAGGAAGAUUUAAAUUUCUUGAUUUGUGGUGCAAGUUUUUACAAGAGAACCACAAAAGGUCUAUUCCCAAGGACACAUGGAACUUGCUUUUAGAUUUUUGUAACAUGAUAAAUGAUGAUAUGAGUAAUUAUGAUGAGGAAGGAGCCUGGCCAGUUUUAAUUGAUGACUUUGUAGAAUAUGCAAAACCAGUGAUAAAUAGCAGUAGGAGCACUGUGGUAUAGUUGAGACCCCAGUUUGUUGUACAAAAUUGUGAUUUUAUACCUUUGUUUAGCCUUUCAAGUUUGAAUCUGCUAGAAUAGGAGGGUAACUUUAUUUUAACUGAAGAAAAAAAAAAGGUAUUUUCCAAAUGAUGAAGCUUUAAUGUAAUUUUUUAAUUUUGUUUUCUUUAAUAGUUCUUUUGCUUAGAAAACAUUUCCUCUGUUUAGAUAAAUAGAAUCUCCCAAUAAUUUAUGAGAAAUAAUAUAUCUUAUAGAUUACAAUUAGUUUCUCUCUUUUAGUUUAUGGUUAUAUCAUUCAAUUAUUGGAAUAUUAAGUUAAAUGAAAUACCAAAUUAUUAUUUUUUUUGCUUGUUUGUUUGUUUUAAUUGCCAUAAAAAAUAUUUUAAAACAUUUUUUUUUUAUGAAAAUACUUUCUUCCGAAAAUCACUGUGAGGUGUAAUUUAAUUUUUCUUGUGUUGGCUAAUGCCUAGUUCACAUGUUUACAUUCAACACACAGGCAACUUGAAUCAGUUAUACCCUUACUUGCAAAUGAUAUUAUCUCUAUGGCAGAAUUUUAGAUAUUGCUCAGACUUAGCAACAAUCAUAAGUGCAUCAUCGGCCACCAACUAAUAAGCAAAAUAUCCUAAGUAUCUUGACAUGGUGGUCUUUAGGCUUUGGCAGCGCUGAAUGCAAAGUCUGAGCAUUUGGUUCCAAUUUUAUUUCCAAUAAGUUAAGAUUCUUUUUUUUUUUAACUUUAAAUUUCUCAAGUAUAUUUCUUUUAUUAAUGAAAACAUCUAUACACUUACACUAAAACCAAUCUAGCAUUUUUCACUGUAAAUGUUUUUAGUGUCUGCUAUGUCUCUUUAAUCCUGUGUAGUUACAGAUCUAGUAUCCUGGAAACAAAUCUCACUUUCUUUAAAGGCAAGUCAUAAAACCUAUACACAUUUACACGAAAUAAUUAGUUAAUUAACUAUCACCUUUUCUAUAUAUUGUUCAAGACACAAAAUUCUUUGUUUAUUAAAUGCAUGGUUAAAAAAAAAGUUUAAGUUCCCCUUUCAGACCUUUUGCUUUUGAAAGCAAUAAGCUAUAGUAAAAAAUACUGUUGGCUAGCUAUUUACUUCAGUAAAUCUGUUGUGUGCUGGAGUUUCCAUUAGAAACUGUUUCAAUAUUUCAUCUAUCUUGAGUCUUAGCUUUACAGUUGAAACGUGUACAUUCUAACAUACUAGUCUAGUUAUCUGACAAAACAAGAAUCAAAACUUGCUUUUUUUUUCAUUAAAUUUGUUUUUCCCUUAUUACAUGAUUGAAAA